AGGAGUUGGGCUGGCUGGGUUAGUUCUGAAGGAAGGGGGGCGGUAGUGGCUAGCGGGGUGUGUGGAAGCCAUGCAGAUCCAGUCUUCUGGUCCACAGUCCAAAGCCUCCAGCUUCAUCCUCAGUCAGAGAUGUGUGCUGGACUCCAAAAUGGAAAUUCACCGUGAACAGAGUAUCUGCCAGGCGCGAGCCGCUGUCAUGGUGUAUGACGAUGCCAACAAGAAGUGGGUCCCAGCCGGCGGCUCCACAGGCUUCAGCAGAGUCCACAUCUACCACCAUACGGGCAACAACGCCUUCCGCGUGGUGGGGCGCAAGAUCCAGGAUCAUCAGGUGGUGAUAAACUGUGCCAUUCCCAAGGGGCUCAAGUACAACCAGGCCACGCAGACCUUCCACCAGUGGCGUGACGCCCGACAGGUCUACGGCCUCAACUUCGGCAGCAAGGAGGACGCCAACGUAUUUGCCAGUGCCAUGAUGCACGCCCUGGAGGUGCUCAACUCCCAGGACACAGGCCCCACAUUGCCCAGACAGGCACCCCAGGUCCAGAAUGGCCCCACACCAGAGGAGAUGGACCUGCAGAGAAGGCAGCUCCAGGAGCUGCAGAGGCAGAAGGAGAUGGAGCGUGAGCGCCAAGACAGGGAGCGUCAGGAGCGGGAGCGCCUGGAGCGAGAGAUGCUGGAGCGCGAGCGGCAGGAGCGCGAACGUCAGGAACGGGAACGUCAGGAGAGGGAGGCGCAGGCAGAAAGGGAGCGUCUGGAACGGGAGCGCCAGGAGCAGCAGGAGCGCGCCGAGCAUGAGCUGAUGGAGAGGGAGAAGGCGGAGAGAGAGCGGCUGGAGAGGGAGCAGCAGGAGCAGUUGGACAGAGAGCAGCAGGACUGGGAAAGAGGGAGACGCAUCUCCAACGCCGCCUUCGAAAGCACCCUGUACAGUCCCACGCCUCAGGAGUACAGCAGGACGUCCUCCACGCCUGUAUCUCCAUCCACGCCCACCUACCCAGCUCCUGGGACGGCGUCGCCCUCCUCCACCACUCCCCCGACCCCGCCUCUAAGGCAUUCGGCCUCCAGAUUCGCCACCUCACUCGGUUCUGCCUUCCACCCGGUCCUGCCUCACUACGCCACGGUCCCAAGGCGACAGCAAGCCUUUCCCCAAGCCCCGCCUCCCGCCCCUGCUCCAGCCCCCGCCCCUGCUCCACCUCCCCCGGCCAAGUCCGUGGUGUGGUCGGCGUGCAACUUCACUCCUCUGCCACCCUCACCCCCUGUCAUGAUAAGCAGCCCCCCAGGAAAGGCCGCAGGUCCGCGGCCGCUCAUUCCCAUUGCGGCACCUUCCCCUCUUACCCAGAAGCCCCCCUCGCCGGCCCCCAAUGGCCCGCCCAUGUUCCCUGCGCCUUCCCCCGUGACCCCCGCACAGCCACACCCCCCAUUGGCGUCGCCUGCCCCACCCCUCCCCCCACCACCCACCCCACCCCCUCUCCCCUCCCCCAUAGCUCCCCCUCCGUCUUCCUCCUCCGUCUCGUCUCCCCCCCCCUCCUCAUCCCAGGCUCCUGGUGUGCCCUCUCCCUCCACAGCACCCCCCGCUGCUGCAGCCGCCGCCACCUCUGCCUCUGCUGAGCACCUCUCCCUCCCCGUGGGCCUGGGCCUGUCGGGGCCGGGGGAGCCGGACACAGCUACAGGCCCAGAGCCACACCUGCCUCAGUGGGGGUUGACCACCCCGACCCCUCCCCCACCUCCACCCCUGCCACCCGGCUCCACUGUGACUCCGCGGCCGCCACCCCAGCCGCCACCCCCACCACCCCCGCCGGCCACCCUCCCCCCGCCCCCGCCUCCUCCACUCCCUCCCACGCUGACUCCAGGCGGGCCCCCUCCCCCACCAGGUCCACCUCCUCCUCCCGGAGCCCCACCCCCUCCCCCAGCGCCUCCCCUCCCCGCCGGACUGUUCUCUCCUGCGGAGGACCACCCCAUCUCAGGUCUGGCCGCUGCCCUCGCCGGAGCCAAGCUGCGCAAAGUGCCAAGGAGUGACGAUGCAGGGGCAGCUUUGGCAGCAGCCAUAUUGGGUGCUGGAGGGGCCGCGGGGGCCAAAUCUGAAGCCAGAGGCAACGGCCCUCUGCCCGGAGGAGGAGGGCUUAUGGAGGAGAUGAGCGCCCUAUUGGCCAGGAGGAGAAGAAUUGCAGAGAAGGGCUCGUCACCUGAACCCGACCAGAGAUCAGAGGAGGGCGAGAUAAACACAACCCCUAAAAUGUCAGCCUGUAGCACACCAGACAUGCCCAGGAAGCCAUGGGAAAGAACAAACACCAUGAACGGUAGCAAAUCUCCAGUCAUCGGAAGACCUAAAUCCACUCCUACACCUACUGCAUCCUUAAGUGCCAACGGUGUGCCAACAGAAUCUGUUGACUAUGACAGAUUGAAACAGGACAUUCUGGAUGAGAUGAGGAAGGAGCUGUCGAAGCUAAAAGAAGAGCUCAUUGAUGCAAUCAGGGAGGAGCUGGGCAAGUCCAGCACAGCGUAGAGGAUCCAGUCUACCCUCUUCACAAUAUCUACAUCCACGUGACCCGACAGAAAACCACAGUCAAUUUAAGACACGACAACACAACUGCGGAAAAAUAAAAUCCAACAAAACGGUUGAGACGGUGACGAUGACAAUAAUCACAUUUAUCCUGAGAGAGGACGUUAUUCGGGGGCAGAGCAGCAUCGGACAGAACAACAAAGGACAGGGCGGCGGGAGGCUCGUAACUCUUGAUAGCUGUUCUACGAAGGCUGCUGCCUCCCUGGCCCCACCUCCCCACCUCCCCUCCUCCUCCUCCUUCUCCUACUCCCCCCCCCCACCCCCCACUGAGGGCAUCGCAUCCUGGAGGACAGUGCACGGUCUGAAAGAGAAGCGAAUGUCUUUAUGCAAAGAUGAUUUUUCUCUCUUUGUCCUGUAAUAACAAGAACAAAACACACAAUAUUGAACUCUUCGAUGAUACUGUAUUAACCAUUGGCGCAUAAGCGAUGCUAAGAAUCAGAACUCUUGUGAUUAACUAUCAAAAGGCACGUUUUAUUAAGAGAGGUUGGAGACAGGAAGAAGGCGGGGGAUGGAAAAUGAAAACUUUUUUUCCCAUAAUGCCAUAGGGGUAGCGUGCGUGCGAGUGUGUGUGUGUGUGUGUGUGUGCGCGAGUGUGUAUGGGGGACUGACAGUCUCUGGUGAGGUCCACCACUGCAGGACACUGUAAAGCUUGUCUUCCUCAAAUACUAUUUUAACCUGAAUAUGUACAAAAGAGACAAAAAGCUAUUUAGAAAAAAUCAUAUAUCAACCAUGUCUGUUUCAGUGUAGAUCUACGGCCAUAUCAAGUAGCUCAAUAAUCCAACCUUUACACAGGACGCUCUCUCGUCUGUCUCCUCGUCUGUGGAAUCAUAACCAGAAGUGUUGUUUCCCUCCUGAUGUGAGCGCUCUGACUGUGGAGAAUCUUUGUCAUUUCUUCACUCAUGCUGUCCGGCGGCAGGUGGCGACGCGCGGAGGGCAGCUGCCUGUCAGACAGCAGCCGUUGUAGCUCUCUACCAAACUUUAUCCGUCAACAGAAAGUGCUGAUUUGCUAAUACCCGUCAUGAUCGUUGACCAUGGCCAGACGUGUAGAUAGAACUGACUUCUCCUCCCGGUACAUUUUCGAUUUGAAGACUCUCUCUCUCUCUCCCCCUUUUUUCUGUCAUGUUUGUCAUAUUUAGGUACCCCCCCGUUUGGUGCAUGUAUGUUGUUUUCUUCACACGGUGAGGGUCACAAGUCUGCCACGAAAUUGCAUUAACCAUCACAAGUUUUUAUUACAAGCAAUAAGUGUAGCAUCUAUUUUAAGGCCCAUAUGCCCCAGUCCCGACACCACCAAACAUUUUUCAGUGUCUUGUGUGUCCUUUUUGGCCCUCCUGAGGCCCCGUUGGACAAUGUUACUGUGUGACGCCACGCCACCUCUUGUCAACUUUGUUGCAGUUUUUCCUGCGAGACUGAAAGGCUGACAUGAAAGAAUAUCAGAGCAACACUGUAAGACAUGAUUUCAUGGAAUAACACCAUUUCUAAAUCACAAUACUCCUUUUUUAUUUUUUUUUCUAUAAAAUCCAAGGAUACUGUAUCUUUAGCCACAUUGGAGCUGAACUGUUUUUAUUUUUAUCCUUUAGUUUUAUUUUACCGCAUUUAUAAAACUUUUCAAAUGUGCACAGGAAAACCCAAAAAGUGUAAGAGAUGGUGUCCAUACGAGGACAUGAAUGUGCCAUUUACAAUUUCACCAGUGCUUAGUGAUGAUGUGUUUGUUUCAUCUUCUUUGCCUUUUUUUCUCCUGCCGCCGUCAAAUCCUUAAAAUGAGAAACUGUAUUUACCCUGAGAUUUUGGAGGGAUAAGGGAACUGUCACUUUAUUCUGAAAACACUUGUGUUUCAACGUUUCCUUCAGUUCGGUGCUGAGUUUGUUUUGCUAAAAGCUCAAAAGAACAAUCAACUUGAGAGGGAUGUGUUGGGAGCUGAGAGGCUGACGUCCUAAUACUGGAGCUGUUUCUCCAUGACCACAUGUCAAGUUAACCAAUAAAACGCUACAAUUGAUCUUCCUAAGUCCCGCCCUUUUUUUUCUGUGCUCCAGUAACAGUUGAGCACUUCCAUAUGCUAUAUGCUAGGCUAAUCUAUGUUGAAGAGACAACCGCAUUUUGAAGAUGGCUAAAAGAAAGAAACAACUUACAUAGACAUAUAGAUAUAGUCACAUCUUAAGUUAGCUAAUUUUAGCACAAUGCUAGCUCACUAAUUUACUAAUGUUUGAUGUAAAUUAGCUAGCUAGUUAGCCUGCGUUUUGCUAAAAUUAGCUUUUACCUUACAGAUGCAACUAGCUAGCUAACAAUUGAUGUAAAUUUGCUAGCUAGUUAGUUAAUGUUUUGCUCUGUAGCUAGCUAACUAGCAAGCUAAGGAUUCAUGUAGAUUAGGAAGCUAGUUAGCUAGCAUUUUUUGGUUUCGCUUUUAUCUGUUUUUCAAUAUAGAUUAGCCUAGCACAUAGCAUAUCUAAGUACAGGAAAGGAGAAAGUUGGCCGAGGUUCUGACCGAGGCUUGCUAAACUGUUGGAGCACAGUGAAAAGGGACGGGGGCUUAGAAAUUCUGACCCUGAGGAGGGACAGUAGGACUACAGUAGGGUCUGCUCUGCUCGUGAAAACAAACCUUUUGACGUUCUAAAGGAUUUCCAAGCUGAUCCGACACAAGCUGUAAAAGGAUGCUUUGUGAUUUUGCGUCUGCCGUGUGAAUUUUCGUGAUGUCUCGAUGAACACCAACAAGGCAAUACAGUGUGCACACUAUCACCAGGGUUCACUCUCAAUGUCACAGGUCUGGCUCCCCUGCAGCAGUAACCGUAUUUCUGACUUGGAGGGGCACGCCGACAGUUUAACAUUGCACCUCCAAAAAGUUGGGAGACUUGAAAUAGACAUAUUUUGAAAAAAAUAAUAAUCAGAAUCAAAUCAACAAAGCCCAAAAUAUACUGAAUUUUAGUCCUACAAUUCCCAUAAUGCAACUAAUUAGUCCCUCCAUGCCUGAUAAAUGUAAACAUCUUUCAAACACUCCCAGUUUGUAAUGCUAGAUCGUAAUGUCUCCGGGCCUAGGCCGAGGUUACCCUUGUGACAUAACUAUGACAUCAUUAGGGUUAUUUUCUCUGACUGGACGAAGCUUCAGAAUGAAACAAAAACCCUAACUCUUGUGUGUGAAAUUGGUGGAGUGCCUCUUUAAGUUAUGAUUCGGGGACCAAGCUAAGGAGUUCCCAUCAUGCCUUUCUUGUGUCCUAGAGAAAGGUUUGUUAAUCAGUGACUGUCUGUGGCUGUUCACAUACAACACAACUGUGUUCAAGGGCUCAGAUGUUAUAACUUUGCUACUAAAGAUGAGAUAUCACUGAUCUGACUUUCAGUUUCUCUCGUGUGCUUUGGAUCGGGCCAGAUCUGUUAAAUCCAGAGAUGAGUUCAAGUUAAUUUAAUUCUGGUUCAGACAUACAGAUGCUGUAAUCCUUUGGUUUGAGUGUGGACAGGGAUUUUUGGCAUCUUUUCAGAUUUCAGGUCUGUUUCAUCGAGUUCGUCUUUUCAUCCACUUUUUUUAUUUUUUUUUAUGGAAACACCCAGCCAUGAGGUUCCCUGUACUGAGUGUUUACACAGCAUCGAUUGCACUUUAAGACAAAAACCUGCAGAGCAAUCCAACAUACUCUGACAACAGUUGCUUAGAGCCUCUGUCGCCAACAGUGUGGCUAUCUCACCAAAGGAUUCAACUCGGCAGUCUCCUGCUAAACAUAAUCACUCUCAACAAAGUCGCCUUUCUUAUUUUUGUAUCAUUUUGUCAAGAGAGCUAAAAAGAGGGAAGGUGUGUGUCUGUGUUCAGUCCUUUGGACGUGACGGCAGGUGAAAUGUUUUGAUCGAGAAAAGUUGAUCUCUUUGUAAAGCUAUGUGGUUUGUGCCUUGUUCCGAAGUUGCAUUUAAUAUGUCAAAGAUAUAAAGAUGACUAGUAAUAAUAUCUAGGGACUGUCGUUAUGAUCACAUGCAGUUGUUGUUUUUGUUUGUCUUUCUUUUUCUCCAUCAUGGUCAUGAUGAUUUGAAGGGAGAGUUUAAUGACCUUGGUACUGUUCCCCACCAAGAAAACAUCUUUGCACCAACAUCUUCUUUGUUUGCUUUCUCUUUUUUUUUUUUUUUUUUUUUUUAACAUAAAUGUGAUUUAUUUCCAUACGGCUGUGAGGUUGCUUUUCUUACAGCUCAGAAGUACAAUCAAACCUUUGAGACAUGAGGCCUAUAAGGGUUCUGAGAUGAUUUUUCUGAACCUAAAGUCCUGUUUGGAAGUCCAGAUGAGUCUGGCUGCAGUGUUUUGUGUCCCCUCAUGCCAUUUAAAUGUCACAGAGACUGUUUGUGUUCAGCAGCUUGGCUUUCUUCACACGCUUGGAAAUCAGUUUUUGUCCUCUGCAGUGAGGUCUGCUCCAUGUCGAUGUCAUGAUUGCUGAUUGAAACGUUUAUCUUUGUCCGUAAACCCAGUUUUCUGCUGAGGGAACUGAAAGAAUUUGAAGGAAUGUUUGCGGAGAUUAAUUUGGCUGAAGCAAGUUUCGCGGAUGGGUUUCCAGACUUAUUCUUUUAUCAUCUGCAUUGUACCAUACUGUUCUCAUGUUAAUUAGUCUUUUCUUACAUGCUAACAUAUUGUUUUGUUUGAGCAAAUUAAAUAAAAAUUGCAAUACAA